CCGGCUUCGCGCUUCUCAUUCUCAAAGUCAAAGUCAAAUCUUGCGCGAUCGCGCUCUGCGUCGAGUCCAAGUGUGGCGGUCGUCUUGGCGAAGGCAGGCAUGAGCGCCCUGUGUCGCCUGGUCCGCAGGACGCCGCUUCUGCUUCCGAACGGAAGCCACCGCCGGACGUCGGGGCGCCUUCCCGCCGGCUCGGCGAGUUCGGCGGGCGCCAGGUAGCGGCCGGCCCCCGUCGAGCUGACGUACGACGUGUUCGACGGCAACGGAGAGAGCGCCGCCGCCGCGGCCGCGCCGCUGGUCUUCCUGCACGGCUUGUUUGGGAACAAAUCCAACUUUCAUUCCAUCGCCAAAUCGCUGGUGCAGCGGACGGGCCGAAAGGUGCUGACGGUUGACGCCCGUAACCACGGCAACAGCCCCCACCACCCCCAGCUGACCUACGAGGCCAUGAGCGGCGACCUGGCGCACCUUCUGGCUCAGCUGCGCAUCGACAAGUGCGUCCUGAUUGGACACAGCAUGGGCGGCAAGACGGCCAUGACCGCCGCCAUCACGCAGCCGGCGCUGGUGGAGCGGCUGGUGGUGGUGGACGUCAGCCCGGCCCGGAGCAACGCCGCCCCCGACUUCCACGUCUACAUCCGCGCCAUGAGGGACGUGGACGUCUCCGGCGACUUGCCGCGCUCCGCCGCCAGACGCUUGGCCGAGGACCAGCUGCGACGCGCGGUCAAGGAGCGCUCGGUCCGGCAUUUCCUGCUCAGCAACCUGGUGGAGCGCGACGGCCGCUACGUCUGGAGGCUCAACCUGGAUGCCAUCGCAGCUCAUCUCCAUGAUGUCAUCAGCUUCCCCGCCUUUGGCUCCGCCUACCACGGCCCCACCCUCUUCCUGGGCGGAGCCUCUUCUGGCUACAUCAGCUCCGAAGACUACCCGGAAAUCGAGAGGCUGUUCCCGCGCGCCGACAUCCAGUACAUCCCCGACGCCGGCCACUGGGUCCACGCCGACAAACCUUUGGACUUCAUCAGCUCCGUCAUCUCCUUCCUGCACUCGUAG